GACUCCAGAGAGAAACAGACCCUGGCCCAUUCUACCAAGCAGGCUGGAGAGGCUUCGAUGGAGCCCCACACAGAGAAGCUGGAGUUCUUCCGAAAACUGGGCUACGGCCAGGACGAUGUUGUCCGAGUGUUGGCCAAGCUGGGCCAGGGGGCCCUGGUGAAUGACAUCCUUCAGGAGCUGAUCCAGAUGGGCAGCCGCCCUCAGACUGAAGAGAGCUGUGGGGAGAGCCCCGCUCCCAAACUCGUGUCCCGGGGCUGCGGUGGCUCCAUGGACUCGUCCAGACAGCUUCUGGGGAUGGAUCCUGACGAGGAGUUGGAGGACCCCGCCAAUCACCUGAGACCCAUCGUGAUCGAUGGCAGCAACGUGGCCAUGAGUCAUGGAAAUAAAGAAACCUUUUCCUGCCGGGGAAUUCGUUUGGCUGUGGACUGGUUCAGGGAGAGAGGACACAACUACAUCAAGGUCUUUGUCCCAUCUUGGAGGAAGGAACCACCAAGAUCUGAAACCCCUAUUUCAGAGCAGCACAUCCUCGAGGAGAUGGAGAAGCAGGCUGUUCUGGUAUACACACCGUCUCGCAAGGUCAACGGGAAGCGCGUCGUCUGCUACGACGACCGAUACAUCGUGAAGGUGGCCUAUGAGAAAGAUGGCGUCAUUGUCUCCAAUGACAACUAUCGGGACCUCCAGAGCGAGAACCCAGAGUGGAAGUGGUUCAUCGAGCAGAGACUCCUCAUGUUCUCCUUUGUCAAUGACAAAUUCAUGCCUCCCGAUGAUCCUCUGGGCCGCCACGGACCAACUCUUAGUAAUUUCCUUAGCAAAAAGCCAAAGCUUCCACAGCCCUCCUGGCAGCACUGCCCCUAUGGCAGGAAAUGUACCUACGGCGUUAAAUGCAAGUUCUACCACCCAGAGAGACUGCAUCAAAUUCAACUGUCUGUGGCUGAUGAACUUCGAGCUAAGACGAGGACCUUGCCUGGGUCGGAGGACGAGCAGCAAAGGGCCAGCCUCUUGCACUCUGGGCCGGUCCCCUCCGUGCCUCGCUGCAGCCCAAGAACCGAAGGACUGUGGAAUGUGGGGGGAAGCGUCAGUGGCUACAGUAAUGGCAGUCCAAGCUCCGCCGGCUGGACCGAGGAGAGAGUUCCUUCUCUGGAUGGGAGCCUGGAGAAGCCGGAUCCUGAGAGCGGCCUUCCACUUAGUUGCCCCGCAGGAGCUCUUAGGCUCUUGGAAGCCCAGUUUUCCCGGCUAGCGUUUCGCGAUGGUUGGUAUGGCCGUGGCUUGCAGAGCGGCGUCAGAGUUGCUGAGAUUCAGAGUGAGAUGAAUGGUCUGUCCCAAGGCGGCCAUCUUAAUCACUCCAGCUGCCACAGCCGUUUUGAGCCUCAUCGGAUCAGCAUGGCUUGUAGCUGUUUGCAGAACGACCAUUUACAGGAAGACGCCGCAGUGCUGACGCCCUAUGUCAGCCGACACCCGGCCGUGGGAGGGUCUUAUUGUAAUGGUAGCAGGGAGUCAAAUCCAGCCCCGGAGAAGACUUUUGCACCCAGGAACCCCCCAUCCAAAGGAAACUUGCAGCAGGCUGUUUACCACUCUUCCCCUUCCAGGCGGGACCUAUUUCCCCAUCCCUCCCAGCCCAAUGAGACCUGGGGCUUAGGGCAAGUGCUGAAGCAACCACCUGCUCCCUCCUUCUGGGGGGGCUCCGGCUGGGGAAACUGCCCCUUCAGGAGAGCAGGAGGCUAUCCAUGCGCUUCUGAGUAUGACUAUCUCUCCUCGGAUUCAGCCAGCGGAGAGCGAGCCCAUGUUCGGACGACUCUUUAUAACAUAUUCCCCCAAGAUGAGGUGGACCAAGUCAUGUCCUCCUUUCCCAACCUUGUAGAUAUCAAUAGUCUGAUUUUACUCAUCCAAAAAAACCGUCGGCUUUUUCUGUGAGUAAGAAACCCAUUAAAAGUGGAUGUAGAGCCUAGGCAUGCGCCGUGCCCAGAAUUGGCUCUUUUGACUCUGGUGGCUGGAGCUGCAAACCUACUGAAAGCAGCUACUCACAGGUGCACAACUGACACUUCCUCUUGGGAUGGCAGGGCCGGCGGGGCCUCUUGUCUCCACACAGGGCAAUGUCUAAGCUUUUCCAGGGUACAGGCAUCACCGUUUUUAGUUUGUGGCACUCCGGCUGCCAUUUUUGUCUGUUUCCUGCAUGAAGGACAGAAUUUAAAGAGCUGAAAGAGACCUCAGAGGUUCUCUAGUCCAAGCCUCCACUUGAGAAGGAUUGUAAAGGGGCCUAUUAAAGAUGUCUGUUAGGGGGCAGUGAAUGGAGAGCCAAGCCCAGAGAUGGGAGGUCGUGGGUUCAAAUCUGUCCUUGGACAUGGCCUAGCUGUGUGACCCUGGGCAAAUAAAUGUCUUUAUCCCCCAUUCCUAGCCCUUACUGCCCUUCUGCCUUGGAACCAAUACAUGGUAUUGAUUCUAAGACAGGAGAUAUUGAUUAAAAAAGAUGCCUAUUAAAGCAUCCUUGAUAAGCAAGCAUUCAGAUUUAGCUUGAAAAUUUUUGUUAAGAGGGAGACCAGCCCUUCUCAAAGCAGCCCAUUCCACUUUGGAAUAGAACAGAUUUAAUUUUUAGGAAGUUUAUGGAUUUUGUUGUGGUUGCUAUUGGCAUUUACAAUUUGUACCCACUGCUCUUGGCCCCCAUGGCUCUAAGAAGAAGAAAAAAAAUUGAAUCCUGAGAUUCUUUACCUGGGGUCUGUGAGUGUAAAAAAAUUUUUUUUUGAUGAUUACUUAAAUAGAAUUGGUUUCCUUUAUGAUUCUAGGUAUUUUUAAGAUGCUUUUUAAAAUGUUUUGUGAAAUGAUCUAUUUGCUUUACUAGGCUGCCAAAAUGGUCUAUGACAUAAUAAAGAUAACAAA